AUGCCUAGCCUCUUCAACAAAAUCAAGGGCUCUGGAAAUCCCUCCACGACACCCGCCGCCAAAGACGCCCCUGCCAAGAAGAAGGAUGAUAUUACGACAGAAGUCACUCCGCUGGAGAAGAUGCUCCAAAACGCUGGCGCUCUUACACAAGACGGCCGCGACAGAUUCCUCGGCUUCGAGAACUUUGGAAAUACUUGCUACUGCAACUCCAUCGUCCAGGCCCUUUUUCACUCCGAUCAAUUCCGCGAAGGCGUCCUAAACUAUCCAUCUCUAUCCCCGACGGAUACCCCGAACGGCAUCCCAUACAAGCCAAAUGUCACGAUUCGACCGCCUGUUGCACCCACUACGCCCGCAACGCCGCAGAAGCAGCCCAAGCUCUCCACAUCUCAAGUCCUGAAGCAGCGCCAGGCUAUCAACUCGGGUCAGCCUAUUCCCGGUCAGCAGCCCGUCAAACCAGAGGACAAACCCGACACGCCUGAAUACAAGAAGAAGCAGGCCAUGCUCAAAGGGCCCAUUCUCGAGCUCGCCCAAGAAAACCGUGUGCCCUUUGGCAUGGACGAAUGCACAUUUACCGGCCUCAAGGACAUUUUCAUGGCCGUCACGCAAAGUAACUCCAGAACCGGAGUGCUAAGUCCGCAACGAUUCUUAGAGAUUUUUAAGCGUGACAAUGAAAUGUUCCAGAGCUCGAAUCAUCAGGACGCCCACGAGUUCUUGCGUCUCGUGCUCACAGACGUCAUUGCCAGCGUCGACAAUCACGCCAAGCAUAUCCAGGAUCAGUUUGGCACAAAUGGAACCGCAAAUGGCGUUUCCGAAUCUCUGCACAACGCUCUCUCUGUGGGGCUCCAAAAUGGCUCACCGUACAACUCACCAGGUACAGGCUGGGUGCACGACGUCUUUGAAGGCGUUGUGACGUCAGAAACAAAAUGUCUGACUUGCGAGACGGCGUCACAGCGAGAUCAGACCUUUUUGGACUUGUCCAUCGCUCUAGAUGAACACACUUCUGUUACAUCGUGUUUGCGCAAGUUUUCUGCCGAAGAGAUGUUGUGUGAGAGGGACAAAUUUCAGUGCGACCACUGCGGUGGCCUUCAGGAAGCUGAAAAACGCAUGAAGGUCAAGAAACUACCGAAGGUUCUUACUCUGCAUCUAAACCGUUUCAAGUACACAGAAGACUACAGUCGUGUGCAGAAGCUCUUCCACAGAGUUGUGUACCCUUAUCACCUUCGCAUGUUCCAUACUGCCGACGAAGCGGAAGACCCAGAUCGUCUCUAUGAAUUGUAUGCUGUCAUCGUCCAUAUCGGCGGCAACGGUUAUCACGGGCAUUAUGUCUCCAUCAUCAAGACCAAGGAUCGCGGCUGGCUCUUGUUUGACGAUGAAAUGGUCGAGCCUGUCGACAAGCACUUUGUCCGCAAUUUCUUCGGCGACAGGCCUGGAAUGGCCACCGCCUACCUCUUGUUCUACCAAGAAACGACCUUCGAAAAGGUUCGCGCUGAGCAGGAAGCUGAAGGGAGGGAAGAGGUCCGACUCGCCACGGAGGCCGCCAACAUUGCACACGAGGAAAGCGACAAAGCAGAGGACACACCCCUAUCUCGGCAGAAGACGCAACCAACGCCUGUGCUACCUGAGCAGGAUCAACUGUCCAACCUCGCUCACGCCAAAACGGCGCCGGAUUUGACGCCGCAGUCGCCGGUUCCGAACCAAGCAUCUGUCCCUCCGACGCCCAGCAUUCCUUCAGCAUUAACACCUGCCAAGUCAAAGGAUGAGCUGAAACGCGAGAAAAAGGAACGCGAAAGUGCCGAAAAGGCGGCUCGCCAGCAAGAAAAGGAAGAUAUGAAAGCCAGAGACAAGGAGAUGAGAGAGUCCGAGCGACACCGUCGCGAUCAAGCCAUUUCAUUGAUUCAGGCUCGACGCCAAGAGCAGGACCAGCUAGAAAAGGUGCUGCAGGCGAGCAAAAAGUCAGCCGCCAAAGAAGACGGCGCACGGAAAAAGGAGGAGGGUAACGGUGGCGCCUUUGGUUUCCUCGACCGCUCCAAGCGCGGCAGCAAGUCGGGCAGCCGCAAGGCCUUUGGCCUAUUCGGCAAGGAUCGAAACGGCGAUGAUGCGGCGGGAGACGUAGCAGUGAACGGCGAUUCGCCCGAGAAGGAAAAGACGAAAAGCCGUUUGAGCAUAGGCCUGGGCCGCAAGAAGAGCACCAAUCUUUUAUCAUAG